AUGGAAUCGGAGAAGCGGCAGUGCCACCUGCGCUGCGCGGAUCGGCUGCAGGCGAUGUGCUUCAAAAACGGAGGGAUCUACAUCAAGCUAGGGCAGCACAUUGCUCAGUUGGACUACAUCGUGCCGGAGGAGUAUGUGAUUGUAAUGAAGGAGUCUAUGCUCAACACGUGCCCUGUCACCCCUUACGAGGACGUUCGGCUCGUCAUCCAAUCAGAGCUCGGAAAGCCACCAGAGGAGAUCUUCUCCUCAUUCGACCCCACGCCUGUGGCGAGCGCCUCGUUGGCCCAGGUGCAUCGAGGCACACUCAAGACAGGGGAAGACGUGGCAGUGAAGGUGCAGCACGCACAUUUGCUUGACACAGCAGCAGCAGACAUGGUAUCAGUGCGCCUUGUCAUCUCCGCACUCUACUGGUUCUUCCCGAGCCUAGACUACAGGUGGCUGAUCACAGAGGUGGAAGAGAGCUUACCCAAGGAGCUAAAUUUCACCCUCGAAGCAUCCAACGGUCGUCAUUGCAUGGCCAACUUUCGAUCCUCACCGUCCAAGCUCCUGAGGGAGUCUGUGGCGGUGCCGAGAAGCUUCCCAGAAUUUACCGGGCAGCGAGUGCUGACGAUGGAGUGGAUGGAAGGCGUGCCUCUGACUGACGUGGCAAGGCUCAAGGACAUGGGGAUCAACCCUGCUGACGUGGCAAAACUGAUCAGCACUGCGUUUGCGGAGAUGAUAUUCCGCCACGGCUUUGUGCACUGCGACCCCCAUGCAGCAAACGUGUUGGUGCGGCCGAAGCAAGGAGGGCGGCGAAUGCCUGGCGGCCAGUUAAACCAGAAUUCGUACUGCUGGAUCACGGGCUAUGCCGCCAGCUGCCCGACUCCUUCUGCCUCUAUCACGCUAUAUCACGCUAUAUGUCCCACUGCAUCGUUCCCACUCCCGCCAAGCUAUGUGGAGCCAGAGGUGGUACUGCUGGAUCACGGGCUAUGCCGCCAGCUGCCCGACUCCUUCUGCCUCUAUCACGCUAUAUCACGCUAUAUGUCCCACUGCAUCGUUCCCACUCCCGCCAAGCUAUGUGGAGCCAGAGGUGGUACUGCUGGAUCACGGGCUAUGCCGCCAGCUGCCCGACUCCUUCUGCCUCUAUCACGCUAUAUCACGCUAUAUGUCCCACUGCAUCGUUCCCACUCCCGCCAAGCUAUGUGGAGCCAGAGGUGGUACUGCUGGAUCACGGGCUAUGCCGCCAGCUGCCCGACUCCUUCUGCCUCUAUCACGCUAUAUCACGCUAUAUGUCCCUCUGCAUCGUUCCCACUCCCGCCAAGCUAUGUGGAGCCAGAGGUGGUACUGCUGGAUCACGGGCUAUGCCGCCAGCUGCCCGACUCCUUCUGCCUCUAUCACGCUAUAUCACGCUAUAUGUCCCACUGCAUCGUUCCCACUCCCGCCAAGCUAUGUGGAGCCAGAGGUGGUACUGCUGGAUCACGGGCUAUGCCGCCAGCUGCCCGACUCCUUCUGCCUCUAUCACGCUAUAUCACGCUAUAUGUCCCUCUGCAUCGUUCCCACUCUCGCCAAGCUAUGUGGAGCCAGAGGUGGUACUGCUGGAUCACGGGCUAUGCCGCCAGCUGCCCGACUCCUUCUGCCUCUAUCACGCUAUAUCACGCUAUAUGUCCCUCUGCAUCGUUCCCACUCUCGCCAAGCUAUGUGGAGCCAGAGGUGGUACUGCUGGAUCACGGGCUAUGCCGCCAGCUGCCCGACUCCUUCUGCCUCUAUCACGCUAUAUCACGCUAUAUGUCCCACUGCAUCGUUCCCACUCCCGCCAAGCUAUGUGGAGCCAGAGGUGGUACUGCUGGAUCACGGGCUAUGCCGCCAGCUGCCCGACUCCUUCUGCCUCUAUCACGCUAUAUCACGCUAUAUGUCCCACUGCAUCGUUCCCACUCCCGCCAAGCUAUGUGGAGCCAGAGGUGGUACUGCUGGAUCACGGGCUAUGCCGCCAGCUGCCCGACUCCUUCUGCCUCUAUCACGCUAUAUCACGCUAUAUGUCCCACUGCAUCGUUCCCACUCCCGCCAAGCUAUGUGGAGCCAGAGGUGGUACUGCUGGAUCACGGGCUAUGCCGCCAGCUGCCCGACUCCUUCUGCCUCUAUCACGCUAUAUCACGCUAUAUGUCCCUCUGCAUCGUUCCCACUCCCGCCAAGCUAUGUGGAGCCAGAGGUGGUACUGCUGGAUCACGGGCUAUGCCGCCAGCUGCCCGACUCCUUCUGCCUCUAUCACGCUAUAUCACGCUAUAUGUCCCACUGCAUCGUUCCCACUCCCGCCAAGCUAUGUGGAGCCAGAGGUGGUACUGCUGGAUCACGGGCUAUGCCGCCAGCUGCCCGACUCCUUCUGCCUCUAUCACGCUAUAUCACGCUAUAUGUCCCUCUGCAUCGUUCCCACUCUCGCCAAGCUAUGUGGAGCCAGAGGUGGUACUGCUGGAUCACGGGCUAUGCCGCCAGCUGCCCGACUCCUUCUGCCUCUAUCACGCUAUAUCACGCUAUAUGUCCCUCUGCAUCGUUCCCACUCUCGCCAAGCUAUGUGGAGCCAGAGGUGGUACUGCUGGAUCACGGGCUAUGCCGCCAGCUGCCCGACUCCUUCUGCCUCUAUCACGCUAUAUCACGCUAUAUGUCCCACUGCAUCGUUCCCACUCCCGCCAAGCUAUGUGGAGCCAGAGGUGGUACUGCUGGAUCACGGGCUAUGCCGCCAGCUGCCCGACUCCUUCUGCCUCUAUCACGCUAUAUCACGCUAUAUGUCCCACUGCAUCGUUCCCACUCCCGCCAAGCUAUGUGGAGCCAGAGGUGGUACUGCUGGAUCACGGGCUAUGCCGCCAGCUGCCCGACUCCUUCUGCCUCUAUCACGCUAUAUCACGCUAUAUGUCCCACUGCAUCGUUCCCACUCCCGCCAAGCUAUGUGGAGCCAGAGGUGGUACUGCUGGAUCACGGGCUAUGCCGCCAGCUGCCCGACUCCUUCUGCCUCUAUCACGCUAUAUCACGCUAUAUGUCCCACUGCAUCGUUCCCACUCCCGCCAAGCUAUGUGGAGCCAGAGGUGGUACUGCUGGAUCACGGGCUAUGCCGCCAGCUGCCCGACUCCUUCUGCCUCUAUCACGCUAUAUCACGCUAUAUGUCCCUCUGCAUCGUUCCCACUCCCGCCAAGCUAUGUGGAGCCAGAGGUGGUACUGCUGGAUCACGGGCUAUGCCGCCAGCUGCCCGACUCCUUCUGCCUCUAUCACGCUAUAUCACGCUAUAUGUCCCUCUGCAUCGUUCCCACUCCCGCCAAGCUAUGUGGAGCCAGAGGUGGUACUGCUGGAUCACGGGCUAUGCCGCCAGCUGCCCGACUCCUUCUGCCUCUAUCACGCUAUAUCACGCUAUAUGUCCCUCUGCAUCGUUCCCACUCUCGCCAAGCUAUGUGGAGCCAGAGGUGGUACUGCUGGAUCACGGGCUAUGCCGCCAGCUGCCCGACUCCUUCUGCCUCUAUCACGCUAUAUCACGCUAUAUGUCCCUCUGCAUCGUUCCCACUCUCGCCAAGCUAUGUGGAGCCAGAGGUGGUACUGCUGGAUAACGGGCUAUGCCGCCAGCUGCCCGACUCCUUCUGCCUCUAUCACGCUAUAUCACGCUAUAUGUCCCUCUGCAUCGUUCCCACUCCCGCCAAGCUAUGUGGAGCCAGAGGUGAGGUGGUACUGCUGGAUCACGGGCUAUGCCGCCAGCUUCCCGACUCCCUCUGCCUCAACUACGCACACCUCUGGAAGGCCCUUGUGCUGGCCAAUCCGAGAGGCAACAUGCAGUACAGCAUUGCGCUGGGAACGGGGUUGAGACAUGUGUUAAAAACCUUGCUGCCGCUACCCUCUCCUCCCUCUCUUUGUCACUCCCUUACCUCUCCUCUCUCCUCUCACUCCGUUCCCUCUCUCCAGGCUACGUGGAACCAGAAAUCGUGUUACUCGAUCACGGGAUGUACCGGCAACUCCCUGACUCCCUCCGCCUCAACUACGCUGUAUGUCCGUUCUGCAUCGUUCCCACUCUCUCCAGGCUAUGUGGAGCCAGAAGUGGUGUUACUAGAUCAUGGGCUGUACCGGCAACUCCCUGACUCCCUCCGCCUCAACUACGCGCACCUCUGGAAGGCUCUUGUUCUGGCAGAUGCUAGAGGCAUCAUGCAGUACAGCAUUGCGCUGGGCGCCGGGGCGGACCUGUACGCCAUCUUUGCUGCGACGCUCACUCUGCGAUCGUGGGAGAACAUCGUCGAGGCGUCGUCGGACCAUCUGUUUAUCCCUGACACGGCGGAAGAAAAGAAGCACCUGCAGGUGAGGGAGGGGUGGGGGGUAGGAGGCGUAGGGUUGGUUAGGUUACUGAUGAUGGGCAGUGGCUCACAGGGCUUCAUGCAGUAUAGCAUUGCGCUGGGGGCCGGGGCGGACCUGUACGCGAUCUUUGCUGCGACACUCACGCUGCGAUCGUGGGAGAACAUCGUUGAGGCGUCUUCUGAUCACCUGUUUAUUCGGGACACAGCUGAGGAGAAGCAGCACCUGCAGGUGAGGGGUUAA